AUGUCUCUGCGCGCCCUCUGGAAGGCCGUCAGACACCUCAAACAGAUCACACGGCCUGCUCAGGAUGAUGCUCUCUGGUCACGGCCAGUUAUCAAGCAUCUGUGGUAUUCGUUCCUCAACAACCUACCCCUCCUCCAUUUCUUGAAGGAUCAGAGUGCUUUCGCAUCACCGUCUCCCCUUUUACUUGCAUCAGUUCUAUUCAUAUCCGCUCUUCAUGGCCCGUCCAAUGAUCUAUCGGAGUUUACGAAAGGAUACUUUGUCGCCCAGUGUUGCGCAAUCGCCGAGCUUGUCAACCCAGUGCCAUACACUCCUCCAUGGGAGAUAUUUGGGAACAGCGCAGAAGACCCUGAUCAAUCCUUAUGUACUAAGGACGAUUCGCUGACUUUUCAGAACAUCCUCGGUCUAAUUAUGGCCAGCUUGGGCUCAGAAGCUUAUGUGCCAACUACUGGCACAUGGAUAGCCAUCGCGUAUCGCCUCUUACUCGAUCACACACCGCGCGAAGUCGAACACACGACUCACGACUGGGCUGGACUGUUCUCAGGUCUCCAGGUAAUCGAUAUUGAGCACGCUUCCAUGCAUAUGUGUUGUCCCCUAUUACCUGAACAACCACCCCUAUCCACCCUUGCCCAAUUCAACGCCCGCAAAGAAAAUGCUUUCCAUGGCCUCGCCCAAAUGAUGCAUCACGGACUCAGUCAUUUUGUUGGAAGAGGUCUCCCCACUAUAUGGUCUUUUGUAAGCGCAAAAGAGCGUGAGGUCCUCUCACCGAUCCGGACACCCUUCACCGAUGAAGAUGCACGGGUUAUCCGCCUUUGGGCCCGGAAAUUGGACGACUGGCUAGUUCGAUAUAAUGCUGCAUCUCAGCCAUCCCCUUCUGAUCGCCAGGGCAUACUAAUCCUCCUACAAUACCAUCUACACAAACUAUACGUCCUAUCCAUAUAUCAUCCGGCCAGAGGAUUCGAUCUAGGUUCUACGGAUAUCGCACCAGCCGAAAGACACGAACUACUAGUCUCAGCCCGUGCAGUUCUGCGGCUUCGUCUAGACGACGCUAGUAUAUGGUCCAACUGGGAUCUGAUAAUGGUAACAUUCGCAGCCAUGCUACUACUCCGAGGGAUCGAAGACGGCGUACUACACCAAGACGACCUUCAGCUAAUUGAAAAGCACAUCGACAGUCUGAAGAGGAACCAUUCAUCUGUGCCAAGCAUCCAUAGCGUACUGGCUGAUCGACUCGAGUCGGGCCUACAGAGCAUGCAUACACCGCCUGAAAUGGGACCAGAUUUUGCAUUCCUCGCUCCGGAAGAGGAUUAUUCUUGGGCGAUCUUUGAUCAGGAGAUUUUGUCUCUGGCGAAUCCGCCGUGGCUGUAUGAGAGUAUUCCUCCCCUUGGGGAGAUGCCAAGAACAGAUGAGAAUCAGGGUGAAUUGUCGGCGCGAUUGGAGUAUUCUGCUUUGGCGCAGGGAGGUGCGGAAGCUCUGGGUGGGGGUGGUAUCGGAUAUAAUUGA